GUGUGUGUGUUCAGGGGAAGAUUUUGACUCGGUUCCUUGUCGAGAAGCGCUGUCAUUAACUGGAGCUGCGGGUGACAGGUCUGCCAAACUCCAAAGAGAAUCAGUUUUGGAAUCUCUCCUGAAACUUGGCGAUCUUCAUUAUUGUUAAAAAUCAAGUCAAGUAUUCCAUUUGUUUACUAUUGGCUUUGUCUGGAUACCAUAUCUGUGGAAUAUGAGCCAGAGCGAUCCUGCAGAGGAGAUGCCAUCUAUGGUACAGCCUCUCUGUAUUACCUGUGGACAGAUACAUUCCCCUGAGGAAAACCACGCCUACAACUUCCAGGAUGAAAUCGAUGAUGAUUUGAUAUGUCACAUCUGCCUGCAGCCCUUAGUGCAGCCACUAGAUACACCAUGUGGUCACACCUAUUGUACCGUGUGCCUUACCAACUUCCUGCAGGGCAAAGACUUCUGCCCUAUGGAUCGUAAGCCCCUGUGUCUGAAGGUGUGCAAAAAGUCAAGUAUUCUGGUGCAUAAACUGCUGGACAAGGUGUUAGUUAUCUGCCCAUUCAAAGAAGAUUGCUCGGAUGUCUUGCAGCGCUGUGACCUAGAAAUUCAUCUACAUCGUAGAUGUAAAGGAGCAGCCAACUAUGGACUUUUAGGGGAACGGAAAAAACAGUGUCAGGAAGGCUGUUCAGUAGGUGAUGGAGAUUCAGUUCCCAGGAUUCCUGCAGACGACAGUGAUGUGACCAUGUCGGUGCUUUCUUCACAACUGUCAGCAUCUGCAGCUGUGGCCUUCAUGACAGAUGACGCUGGUCUGGUAAACCCGGCCUUUGAUGCAGAAGACAACCGAUCAGAAAGCAGUUCCAGUGCUCACAGCAAAAGUAGUAACAAGAUAUACCGGCAUUCAGAACACAAGCCAAUGAGGAGCAGGUCCUUCAAAAAAUUGAACCGAGCUUUCAGUUACCUUCGAAGAACCAGUAGCGGAAAUCUGGUUGGUAGCAACUCUGGGGAGAUUGUGCAGACUGACACACCUCCUGAAGAAGCAUGCCCCAGAUUACAUCACCUAAUUCCAGAUGGUGAGGUUACAACCAUCAAGAUCAAUCGUUCUGAUGCACAGGAGUGUCUCGGCAUCAGCAUUGUGGGAGGAUGUGAAACAUCUGUGGAGAAUAUUGUUAUACAAGACAUUUAUCGAGAUGGUGCCAUUUCAAAGGAUGGAAGAUUGUUGCCAGGGGACAUGAUCCUGGAGGUAAAUGGUACUGACAUAAAGAAUGUGCCUCAUAACUAUGCGUUGGCAGUGCUGAGACAGCCGUGCGAGAACCUCCUGUUGACUGUACUGAGAGAACAACGCUACAAGUGUAGAAGCAGCAGUGAAGCUAACUGCGCCAGAGAUGACAGUUUCCACAUCACCCUGUACAAGAGCUCUCAUGAGCAUCUUGGAAUAAAACUGGUCCGCAAGGCUGACGAGUCGGGAGUUUUUAUCUUUAAUUUGCUUCAAGGUGGCCUGGCUGCCCAAGAUGGCCAACUGCAACUGAAUGACAGGGUACUAGCCAUCAAUGGGCAUGAUCUCCGCCAUGGGUCUCCUGAAACUGCAGCACAGAUCAUACAGGCAAGCGAAGACCGGGUGCAUUUUAUUGUGUCGCGGAAGACCAGAGAGCAGUCCCCUGAUAUCCUGCAGGAGACUAACUGGAGCAGCAGCAGCAACAGCAGCAGCAGCCCAACAAGCCCCGAUGAAAGGAACAAACAUAACAAGAAUUUCCAUCAUGCCUUCACGUGCCACGAGAAGAUCGUCAGUGUUAGUAAAGAGCCCCAAGAGUCGUUGGGAAUGACAGUGUCAGGCGGCCUGUCAAGCAAGAGCUGGGAUCUGCCGAUCUACGUUACAAAUGUACACCCUGAAGGCUGCCUGGGGAAAGAUGGAAGAAUAAAGAAUGGUGACAUUUUGCUGAACAUCAAUGGCAUUGAACUGACUGGCUUGUCACAGAUUGAAGCAGUAUCCAUGAUCAAACACAGUGCCACCUCCUCACCUGUCAUACUCAAAGCUUUGGAGCUGAGGGUGGCAGAUAAGGAGAAUGUGGGGACCCAGAUGCCUCUUGAUGCCAAUCAGAACAAUAUGCCUGAUGAUGACUGGUCUCCAGCCUGGACAAUGUGGCUUGGACUGCCUCGAUACCUGUAUUGGUGUAAAGACAUUGUACUGAGAAGAAACACGUCUGGUAGCCUGGGAUUCAGCAUUGUUGGAGGAUAUGAAGAAAACCAUGGGAACCAGCCAUUUUUUAUAAAAUCCAUUGUUGAUGGAACUCCAGCUUAUAAUGAUGGAAGAUUAAGAUGUGGAGAUAUGAUCCUGGCAGUCAAUAGGAGGAAUACCUCAGGAAUAAGUCACCCCUGUUUGGUGAAAAUGCUCAAGGAAGUGAGGGGAAAAGUCAUUCUCACUGUGGUGUCCUGGCCUGGCAGUCGUCUCUAGCUUGCAUUAUAGCCACAUUAAAUGAGUUGGAAUGACUUGGUAACAGGAGUUGGCCAUUUGGCCAAUCGAUCUUUUAAUCCUAAACAUAAGCAGAAUUUCAUCAGAAGACAUUUACAAAAUCAAAUUGCUAAAAUUGUUACGGUUACUGAUUAUACAAAAAGUUCUAAAUCUUUGCUAAACUUUUAAGUUUCUGUGAUCUACUGAAUUGUAUAAUUUUAUGCAUUUUCUACAAAAGAAAAAUGGUGUUUUAUUGUUAUAAAAACAGCUUGGAACACAAAUAUAGUUACCAUGCGUUUUAAGAUGUACAGAAUACAAGUUGUUGGCAUGGAAUUCAAAUGUACACUAGUACAAUCAAGCUAGAGUAUCUCUAUGCACUUAACUGCUGAAUGGAUUCGGCAACUAUUGUUAAGUUAAUUUAAUAGUAUUCAUUUUGAGUAGGGUCAGGUAUCUGAAGAUUAAGCUUGCUGUUGAGCUAAACAUCAACUUUUGUGACUACAGUAAAUCACUUUUGAUGUAAAAUAAAUGACAUAAAUAGAGGACUCAAAUAUCCGUGAAAUAGUGCAUCACUCUGCGCCUAAAUUUUUUAAUCAGAAUAAAAGGCACAGAAAAAUCAUGGCAUUACGGGUUUUGUGUAGUUCCCACAAAUAUUCUUGGUUAUUUAUUUGUACUUACUUCAUUUUCAUAUGAUCAAUACUUUACAGCAGAGUUGCAACCUGUCAUAUAGUUAAACAGGAAUUUUCUAUUCUCAAAUGUGUAUUCAGGAAAAAUGUCUAGGUAGCACGUGAGAUAGUUAAGUAUUCCCUCAGUCAAGCCAGCAUGCAUUAAUAAAAUAAAGAGCAUACACUAAUGUUGAAGAUUAUAAUUUGUGAACGUGUGCCGCUAAAAUCCACAGAACAAAAGGUGUCCACAUUUUUCUUUUACAUGCAGGGACAUGCGUGACUGAGGAAUAGGAGUGCAACAAAACACAAGAGUGCUCAGCUUGCUAUUUCAGUGGCACAGGAAAAAGAGAAAGUAUUGAUCAGAAUUUUUAAGUAGUUUGCAUCUACUGACUUUUUUUUAAAAAGUAAAACUUUCAUUUUUAAAACGAAAA